UCAAAGGUCUCCGGGCGGGGCCUCUGGGGCCUGGGCGGGGAUAAAUGUGGAGGGACUGUCCUGCUUUUACUCUCCGCUCGCCGCAGCCCCUGUCCCUGCCAUCUCCUCUGAUCUACGAAAAUCAUGUUACCCAACACCGGGAGGCUAGCAGGAUGUACAGUUUUUAUCACGGGUGCAAGCCGUGGCAUUGGCAAAGCUAUUGCAUUGAAAGCAGCAAAGGAUGGAGCAAAUAUUGUUAUUGCUGCAAAGACCACCCACCCACACCCAAAGCUUCCAGGCACAAUCUAUACUGCUGCUGAAGAAAUUGAAGCAGUUGGAGGAAAGGCCUUGCCAUGUAUUGUUGAUGUGAGAGACGAACAGCAAAUCAGUGAUGCAGUGGAGAAAGCAGUUGAGAAAUUUGGAGGAAUUGAUAUUUUGGUAAAUAAUGCCAGUGCCAUUAGCUUGACCAACACAUUGGAAACACCUACCAAGAGAAUGGAUUUGAUGAUGAGCGUGAACACCAGAGGCACCUACCUUGCAUCUAAAGCAUGUAUUCCUUAUUUGAAAAAGAGCAAAGUUGCUCAUAUCCUCAAUCUCAGUCCACCACUGAACCUAAAUCCAAUUUGGUUCAAACAGCACUGUGCUUAUACCAUUGCUAAGUAUGGUAUGUCUAUGUGUGUGCUUGGAAUGGCAGAAGAAUUUAAAGGUGAAAUUGCAGUCAAUGCACUAUGGCCUAAAACAGCCAUACACACUGCUGCUAUGGAUAUGCUGGGAGGAUCUGGUAUCGAAAGCCAGUGUAGAAAAGUUGAUAUCAUUGCAGAUGCAGCAUAUGCCAUCUUCAAAAAGCCAAAAAGUUUUACCGGCAACUUUGUCAUUGAUGAAAAUAUCUUAAAAGAAGAAGGAAUAAAAAAUUUUGAUGCCUAUGCAAUUAAACCAGGUCAUACUUUGCUACCAGAUUUCUUCUUAGAUGAAUACCCAGAACCAAUUACCAAGAAAAUGGAAUCAACUGAGGCAGUGUUUCUCCAUGUUGCUCAGGCUGGUCUCAAACUCCUGGGCUCAAGCAAUCUACCUGUCUUGGCAUCACAAAGUGCUCAGAUUACAGAAGGUGCUGUUCCAGAAUUCAAAGAAGAGAAACCACAGCCACAACCAAAACCACAUUUGGGAGCUGUGGAAGAAACAUUUAGAAUUGUUAAGGACUCUCUCAGUGAUGAUGUUGUUAAAGCCACUCAAGGAAUCUAUCUGUUUGAACUCUCCGGUGAAGAUGGUGGUACGUGGUUUCUUGAUCUGAAAAGCAAGGGUGGGAAUGUUGGAUAUGGAGAGCCUUCUAAUCGGGCAGAUGUGGUGAUGAGUAUGUCUACUGAUGACUUUGUAAAAAUGUUUUCAGGGAAACUAAAACCAACAAUGGCAUUCAUGUCAGGAAAACUGAAGAUUAAAGGUAACAUGGCCCUAGCAAUGAAAUUGGAGAAGCUAGUGAGUCAGAUGAAUGCCAGACUGUGAAGGAAAAGGAAAAAAAAUAUAUCGACUGCCAGGCUCAAAAAGUAAAAAAAAGCUCAACAAUUAAAAUCUAAUGUUGGUUUUCUUCCCUGUUGUAUUAUAAGGAUAUGCACAUUUGUUCUGGAAAAAAUAGAAAUUCUGUCUCUAUAAGACUUGAAAUUGUAAGUAAAAUGGCAAGCUGGGCAGGCGCGGUGGCUCAAGCCUGUAAUCCCAGCACUUUGGGAAGCCGAGGCGGGUGGAUCAUGAGGUCAAGAGAUCGAGACCAUCCUGGUCAACAUAGUGAAACCCUGUCUCUACUAAAAAUACAAAAAAAAAUUAGCUGGGCAUGGUGGCACGUGCCUGUAAUCCCAGCUGCUCGGGAGGCUGAGGCAGGAGAAUUGCCUGAACCCAGGAGGCGGAGGUUGCGGUGAGCCGAGAUCGCGCCAUUGCACUCCAGCCUGGGUAACAAGCGCAAAACUCCAUCUCAAAAAAAAAAAAAAAAUGGCAAGCUAAUCAAACAGAAGCUUUAUUAAGUGGGAUUCUAUGAAAGUAUGUGUUUUUAUAUUUCAAGGGUUUUACCCUCUGAGCCUUAUAUUUCAUUCACUGUCUUCCACCAAGAAAAGUAUUUUGGGCAGCCAGUCAGAUCAAGCAGUAAAAGUAGCUCUUUCAAAGCUUUUUGUCAUAUAAAAUGAAGCUAUCUGUUCUAAAAUUUUUAGUUUUGGAUUGUAUACUAAUGAAAAUCUUAAUGAUGUAUUUGAUUUUUAUAUACUUGUUUUAAAGAAAAUCUUAUAUAGUACAUUUACAAGUAUCACAAAAAACUAAUACUGGUGAGCACUAAACAAAACAAUCAUUUUUCAUUUUGAUUACUAGCUUUCCAAGUGGACUUAGCCAUAGGAAAAUAUUACUAACGUAAUUUAACAAAUUGCAGCAUGUGUUCCAUUUAAAAAUAUGUUUAAAUUGUCCUAAAACAAAAUAAUUUUCUCCUCAGAAGUAUGCAGUGUUUUGAAACAGGAACCUUAGACUAUAUCAUUGGUAUGGGCUAGAUUGUGCAACUCCCAAUUCAUUUGUUGAAGUUCUAACUGCCAUUUCUUUCUAAUGUGACUAUUCGGAGAUGAGGCCUUUACAGAGGUAACUAAGUUCAAGGAGGCUGUUAGUCCAACCCAACAUGGUGUCCUUGGACAUAAGAGAUACCGUUGAUGCGUGCACAGAACAAAGACCAGAAUAGGACAUGGUCAGAAGGCAACUAUCUGCAAGCAAAGAGAGAGGCCUCAGAAGAAAAAAAAAUCACCAGCACUUUGAUCUUUGACUUGUGAUCUCCAGAAUAGUGAGAAAUAAAUGUUUGUUGUUAAGCCAUCCAUGGUGAGAGGCUGAGGCAGGAGGAUUGCUUGAGGCCAGGAGUUCAAGGCCAGCCUGGACAACAUAGUAAGACCCUGUCUGUACCCUCACAAAAUAAAUUAAAAAGCCACCCAAUCUGUGGCAUUUUGUUAUGGUAGCCCUAGCAAACAGUGGUUUGAGGGUAGGAAGGUUGAGGGGAAGCUAAACUUUAAAAGAGCUCUUAUCUUUAAUUUCAACCAGUUAAAAAUACUUGCUCAGUGUAAUUAUUUUGCUUCUCAUCUACCACUCUCUAAUAUUAUUGUGCUAUUAAGCAAUUUAUCUAAUCCUGAUAUUUCUUAGAAUCAUGUUAGGAGCAUUUGAGCUUUAUUUUGUAAGUUAGGAAGCAGAGGAUCAGAGAUGGGAAAGCACUAGCCCAAGGCCAAAAUUAACAAGCCCUAUCUAACAAAAACUUUCCAAUACAUUUAUGUUGAAUGGAACUGCAAGAUCUUACCUCUCCAUCCAUGAAUGGAGUCUGUGUAAUCAAAGUGAAUUAAAAAUAGGACAGUUUCAAAAAGUCAGGAGAUUCACAGCAACUGAUCAAAGGGAGUCCAGUCAACCUGAGUCAGCAUAAUUAGGAUUAGGAAGCCCCUUUGCUUUAAUCCACACAAGGAAAUUAACCUGAUGUUAACCAGUCUGCUGUUUCUACCAUGCUGUUUCCUUGCUCCUGCCAGUGCUGUCUUAUAAAUGCAAACUGUUCUGUCAUAACUGGUAGGGCUCCUGUUUAUUUUAUAGGCUGGAUGCUGCCCAGUUCAUGAAUCACUAAUAAAAGCCAAUUGAAUCUUAAUAA